AACUAGCGCCUCUAGAAAAAUACUAUCUCUCUCGCUCUCUCUCUAUUUUACACACACACACCAUCUCUCUUCGCAGGUGGCAAGCUCACCACCUGCCCCCCUUCCGUUGUCGAGUUUAAUUGUAACAAAUUAGGUUUGAGCUUUACAAGACCACGGAUUGUUUUAUCCUCUUAAAAUCAGUUAGGCUACCCGCUCAAAACCGCGACAGAAUGCAGGUAUCGCCGAGGCGCUUGUUGAACGCGGUAGCGUACAAUGCGGGAAGGCACUAGGACCGGGGAGAGUUCCAUCUCAGCUAGGCAGACUAUGAGCAUCGCAUCCACAUAGCCGGGCUGUGGAGGAAACCCCCAUCGGAUCUGUCAAUAUAGGAUACUUGCGAUUAUAGCUAUACAUGCAGCCUCGUGGCGCAGCAUAGUGGAGUGCGCGCCUGUGCGUUUGGGAUGGUCGGGCACCCUUGGGAGAAUUCCUGACCAAACCUCUUUUGGCGCAAAGCAAGUAGUCGAGUUUAGGUGGGAGUUCAAUGGGCUACACGCUUCCAUUUCCCGCCCCCCACCCCCCUCUUCGUUUUAUAUGUCAUUUUUUGCCUUUUAGUUUGUAUUUGGCCAUAAUCAUUUUAGCUUUUUUUCACACUUCCCUAUUUUCUACAUCUUAGUCCCGCGCGAGACAAUUGACGUAUGUUUUUGUGGGAAAGCAUGUCACUUUCUUCAUUCAUUUGAGAAGAGAACAAGAUUCACAUCUUUCUCUUUGGAUUAAACCGCUGUUUACACCGCGGCUGUCGCCUGAAAGGGUGAGCUGCUUGAAAUACUUUUCUUCAGUGGCACCCUGAUACUCCAUGGAAACGUUUUCUCUCUGGCUGGUCCGUCGCUGUGAUGUCCAAAGCUUUCCCCACUGACUGACAAACGCGAUCGGAGCAUUUUGGAAAGCCAUUUGAAGGCUGCUAGGUCUGGUGGAAGAUGAGGACUCCUAUCCCUCUCCUGAUUCUGCUGUAUAUCACCCUGUCCCGCAGCAUGAAGACGGUCUCCAAGAGAGGCUCAGUUGACGGCUGUACGGACUGGUCGGUGGAUUACCUGAAGUACCGUGUGUUGAAGGGGGAGCCGGUGAGGCUGAAGUGUGCCCUGUUCUACGGCUACAUCAGGGCCAACUACAGCCAGGCUCAGAGCGUCGGCCUCAGCCUCAUGUGGUACCGCAGCUCUGGCCUGGGCCACGGAGACUUUGAGGAGCCCAUCUCCUUCAACAGUGUGCGCAUGAGCAAGGAGGAGGACGCCAUCUGGUUCAGACCGGCCGACCUGCAGGACGUGGGCCUCUACUCCUGUGUGCUACGGAAUUCAAGCUACUGUAUGAAAGUAUCCAUGUCUCUUUAUGUGGCUGAGAACGACACAGACCUGUGCUACAACUCUGUGAUGAGACACAUGGAGAAGGCAGAACUCAGCAAGAGCAAAGACCUCACCUGUCCUGACAUAGAGGACUACACAGAACCUGGGAAAGACCCCCAUAUCACCUGGUUCAAGGAGUGUCGUCCAAAGCAGUGGCGGACCUCCAUCCUCCAGAGGAGAGAUACAUUGUCCCUCAGAGAGGUCAAGGAAGACGACAUCGGCAACUACACCUGUGAGGUCACCUUCGGUGGCUUUGUGGUGCGCAGGACCACCGAGCUCACUGUCACAGCCCCUCUGACUGACAAGCCACCGAAGAUCCUUUAUCCUUCUGAGAACAAGAUCAGCAACAUGGAGCUACAGCUAGGAAGUGCCCUGAACCUGACGUGUAGAGCAUUCUUCGGCUACAGCGGAUCAGCGGUCAGUCCUCUCGUCUAUUGGAUGAAGGGAGAGAAGUUCAUCGAGGACCUGGAUGAGGAGAGAGUCGAAGAGAGCGAAAUCAAGGUGGUCCGGGAGCACCUGGGGGAACAGGAAGUGGCCAUCUCCUUGAUGAUCCACUCGGUGGAAGAUGGGGACCUGGGGAACUACUCUUGCUAUGUGGAGAAUGGCAACGGGAGACGGCAGGCCACCAUCCAACUCUCCAGAAGGGAGCUGAUGUACACGGUAGAGUUGGCAGGUGGUUUGGGCGCCAUUCUGCUGCUGCUGCUCUUCCUCAUCUCUCUGUAUAAGUGUUAUAAGAUUGAGCUCAUGCUCUUCUACAGGAGACACUUCGGCAGCGACGACCUGGAUGGAGAUAAUAAGGACUAUGAUGCAUACCUGUCCUACACUAAAGUAGACCCUGACCAGUGGAGUCAGGAGACCAAGGAGGAGGAGCGCUUUGCCCUGGAGAUCCUCCCUGACGUCUUGGAGAAACACUACGGGUACAAACUCUUCAUCCCAGACAGAGACCUCAUCCCCACAGGAAGUCUGGCCAAUGAGCUUUACCAGGAUGACACAAGACUUCUUAGAGCCUACAUCGAGGACGUGGCACGCUGUGUGGACCAAUCCAAGCGCCUCAUCAUCGUCAUGACGCCCAACUAUGUGGUGCGGCGGGGGUGGAGCAUCUUUGAGCUGGAGACACGCCUCCGCAACAUGUUGGUCACCGGGGAGAUCAAGGUGAUUCUGAUUGAGUGUGCCGAGCUGCGUGGCAUCAUGAACUACCAAGAGAUGGAGGCCCUCAAACACACCAUCAAGACCCUCACUGUCAUCAAGUGGCGUGGCCCCAAGAGCAACAAGCUCAGCUCCAAGUUCUGGAAGCAACUGCAGUAUGAGAUGCCCUUCUGCCGCACCGAACCCAUGCUGAGCCAUGAGCCAGCGAUGGACGUCAGCGAGCAGGGCCCCUUCGGCGAGCUCCAGACCGUCUCCGCCAUCUCUAUGGCAGCUGCCACCUCCACCGCCAUGGCCACGGCACACCCGGAACUCCGCUCGUCCUUCCACAACUCCUACCACACCACCAUGCGGCAGAAACACUACUACCGCAGCUACGAGUACGACCUGCCGCCAGGGGGCACGCUGCCGCCGCUGUCAUCACUAGGCAACCAGCACACCUACUGCAACAUCCCGCUGACGAUGCUGAAUGGACAGAGGCCGCCAGUGGGGAAGAGCCGCGAGCACAGUGUGGAGGAGGACCACACUAACCACGCCAUGCUGCCUCUGUUGCCCAGGGAGACCAGCAUCUCCAGCGUCAUCUGGUGACCAGGGGGAGCGGGGCAGGGUAGAACCUUACGACACUAGCAGAGAAACGCGGUUUGGUCUGGUUUGACUUGGAUCGGUUUGGUGUCACGCUUCUAUGAGCCAGUACUGAUUGGCUACAUCUGAGAGAUUGUGAUGAGUUCGGUUAGGAGUGGACCCCUGUGAACAGGCAAGACAAAGUCGGGGCAGGUUUGGUUUGGAACGUGGUCCUCGUGUAUGCAGAGGAGAAGUUCUUAACCCGAGGAUUAAAGAUUCAAACUGACAACAACAAACUGUUUGAUCAAAAGACAUCAGAGUUUGAUCAACAUGAACUGUGAAUAAAAAAUAAAAGAACCCACGCAUUGGCACUUGUGCAUGCGCGCGUACACACACACACACAUACACACACACACACACACAAAAGGAAAACAGGGUCUUGUACAUAUAUUUUCAGUUUAUUUGUAGCAUAAGUGUCUUCCUGUUUGUGUUUUUCUCUUUUUAUUCAAUCAUGUUUGUUGCCUUAUUUACUUUAACUUUGCUUUAACUUGUCACACAGAUUUAUAUAUUUCUAUUUUUUCUGUUUUAUUAUUAAUUUUUUAUUUAAUUACAAUAUGCUUAUGAAGAAAGCCAGUAUGUCAUGUAUCUGCGCUGUUGUGUUUUCUAUCUUGACUUUAUGUAGUUUAAGAUCUUUUUUUUACACACUUUUGGGGAAUUGCCUGGACAUUGCAACGUUUCACUCCAAGGAGCAGCAUCUUGUUGUUGACCUGUAUAAGGUGUAUAUCUAGUUUUUAAAACAAUCUUUUAAAAAAUCAUAGAAUAUGCAAAAAGAAGGAAGAGCUACUGGUGAUGUUGAUGUAACUUCCUGUGGACCAGAGGAAGGGGAUGAUUUAGAGAGGGGUCCUAGUCCUCUCCAGUCAGUCAGUCAGAGCGCUCUCUAAAGCUUCAUAUUUUCUAUAAAAACAAACAGCCUCGCUGUUUUAGUGUGAUAGUGAAAUCCCUCACCUUAAAAAGAAAUGUGUUGAUUAUUUUAAAAAUAAGUAUAUUUUUAUAACAAAAAGAGUUUGCUUGGAAAGUCAUACUUAUUUACAUUUCAUCUGACAUUAAGGGGGAUGUGUGUGUGUGUGUGCUAGGCUGGUUUUGUACACCACUUAGAUAUGUGGUUCCUGGUUUGUUAAAGGCCAAGUGCAGUCACUGAGGUUGUAAUAAUACUAUAAAAUUAUGAAAAUUAGGCCCUUUUAGUGUAGGAGCUGUUUGAAGAGCUGUUUGUUCAGCCUGUUUUGGAGGGAGGGAGUUUUGAUCUUUCAUGGUAACACCAUGCAGUAAAUUAGAACAAUAAGAAAGAGUACCAAGCCUCUCUGCCAAUAACAGCAAAUAUUCAGUUUUCCCCUUCCCACUCAAACCACUCACAGACAGUCUUAGCAAAAUUCUUGCUUGAUAAAUUGAUAUUUAGACACUAAUUAAUUUUUUGGACCAUUUUAAUUGUAAACAGUCACAGAAAGGCACUUAAUUGUUACCCAGAAAUGAUUUGAUAUUGAGAUAAAAACAGCUGCAUUGGACCUUUAAGAUAACAGUAUGGAUUUUGAGUACCUCAUGAAACAUUUUUAGAUUUAAAAAAUACAUUUUCAAUGUUUUGGUUGAGUUCUUGAAAUAUUUUCCCAUGCUGAGAAGUCUGUUUUUAAUCCCUGCUUAUCUAGGUCAUGUUUAAGGAAAGAAAAGGUGUGUUUGUGCUUCAAAAUACUUUAAAAAUUAUAUUUGAAGGUGUAAUUUCUGAGUAUGCAUAGCAAAUAGAUACAUAUUCUAUAUAUGAUAUAGAUAUUUAUAUAAAUAUAUAAACACGAUAAUCACUUGGAAGGAAAUGUCUAUCUUUAUAAAAACACAAUCCAUUCUUAUCAGUUGCCCUUACGUUCUCACUGCAUAUUAAAAAUGUGGAUCUCCUCUCGA